CAGUUGAAUGCGGAAUCGUUUUUUUCUUGCUCGUUGCCGUCUGUGGGUGUUCUGGGCGGAUGCGUGUUCUGCUUGCGGCCCUUCAUAUUGUUGUUUUCUGGGAGUUUGAGUGACGCUCCGUCGCAAUCUGGUUGCGGAAGUGAAGCGCUUUCGUUCGUUACCUGCCCAUCGGCAGGUGGCGUUUAGAUUUGUGGGACUACCAAUCGUCCGGGUCAACGUUACCAGAAUAGCGGACGCCGGACAGGAACCACCCGGCCGUUAUCGGGAGCAGGUGCUUCUCCCUGGCUUGAAGUCAGAUAUCCGUGUGGUGACAACACUGGUGAAGGCUAUUGUUACCAAUGGGGCUAGGGUCCAGCAAGAAUGAGAGCUCCGGCCGCCAGUCACAACCAGCUGAUCAGAGAGAUCCAGCUCUCUCUGAUGGUGCUGCAAUGGAAGCAGCGUCUGAAGAGGAGAGAAAGGACAAGUAUUUACCACCAAAUUUGGCUAAUGUGGACAGUGAUCACUACUACUCAACCAAUGCGCCUCACCCAGAUCUGGUGAGAGCAUGUGAAGAUGACGAUGUGGAACAAAUCCGACAAACCGUGAAUAUCGGCACUCCAACCGAACCUGUGAUUAGACCGGAUCUCUUGGAACAAGUGCCGGAGCCAUACUUUAGCGUUCCUUUUUUUGUUAGAAGAAUUCCCAUGACAAUCAUGGCUCUUCUGAUGCUGGCAGCAUGCUACUAUGGCAGCAUUCAUUGUGUCCAGUUUUUACUGUGGUGUGAUCCGUCGCUCUUGCACGACAAAGUUAUGGUCAAUCUCUAUAAUGUGCCACGACAGCCAUAA